CACGUCUUUCGACAACAGGCAAAUUUGGUUAUAGUAGCUGAAGUAACAGUGCGAUGCUUGUUGCCGCACAGUCACAACCCGUCGCGCUAUGUGUGCAGACCCCAGCCCAGCGAAAGCAGGUUGAUGCGUUCCACGCAACCGUGUCCGCGACACCACUUCCCGUGUCUGUACCCGCGCCAGUACCUUUAUCUACUUCUAUACAAAUGCAGGUGCAGGUGCAGGUCCAAGUCGCGUCGCCGCCUCCUCAGUUACCUCAGCAGCCGGUGGAAGAGCCUGUAGUUGUACCUGUACAUGAGAGGUUACUUGCUGCUCAGCUUGCGCAUCUUGCGUCACAGCAUCAUGCGAGCGAGUACAGCAGGUUCAAGUUCGGGCAGAGAGGUGAGCAAAUAAGUUCACCCACGAUGUAUGUGCCGCUCUCGCUCCAAUCGCCGUUACACAUUCGCGGGUUACGUUCACAGCAGGCGCGUUUCUCAGAACAGCAGGCGUGGUGGAUUAGCGGGCGAAGCGGUUGCGAUUUAUGUCCGGAACAAGCGGUCCGUCGUGAUGAGGUCCAGGCCCAACACGUCAACGCGGAUGUUCAGACACUACCGACGUUGGUGACUGGUGUUCCGUCGUUAGAUAUUCAGCAUGAGAUCUCUGCGGCUAUGGCUUCGCAGAUGCCGUCUGCGCACAUCACGAAGACUUCGCAGUCACAUCCCAUAAACAUUUCUAUGGUGAUACCAGCUGAAGCCUUGCCCGGUUUAGCUUCACAGCUUGUCUCUCCGUCGACCUCCUCCCCGGUCCUAUUCCAUCUUCCUCAGGAUUUUCACUUAGAUCGCGUGACAGCGAUUCGGGCACGCGGUGUGCAGGGCUACAGGCCGUUCAAUCGGUUUAUGCAUCCUUCGUGUCAUCCUGCGAUGCGCGCACCUGUACCAAUAACUUGGGCGCAAAAUGGAAGCAGCGAGCUUCUGCAAAAUGCGCUAAACGGUGAAUUUGGACUUCCACCUCCACCUCGACCGCUGUUCGUCCCAUCACAAGAACCACGGACAGUGUUGCAGCCGAUGAUGCUGCCUCUUCCUCCAUUUGCUGUUCCUGGUCAGACUCCGACUCCGCCGAGUCCACCUAAAGGUGUGAUUCGGAGACGACCACGAUAUGGACGUGCAACUUCUGCUCCGCCUGCAUUUCGGACCCUUAGAGGCAUGCAGCGGAGGGUGUCAAACAUGAGGGAGGCGCGACAGGGUCUCCCACGACAGCGGUCGAGUCCUGAGAUCCCGACCUCGCGAUUUACUGAUGUACCGUCUGUCGUUCCUUCCGUCAUCACAUCUCUAGAACGGGAUACACCAGAUUGCGAUACACCAGAGGACGAGUUUUCCAACAAUGGCCAACACGGACUCAUGCUCCCUCCCGACUCGGUAACUCCGAGUCCACCAGCGCAGAUCGAACCAGCGUUAGUUUCUGACGAUACGGCUCCGGAAGAUCAUAUCCAUAUACGGCAGCUUGGGAAUAUGUAUCUUAGCUCAUGUCCGGGAAAGAAAGUUCGACUAUCGGGACCUGUCAAAGGCCGAGCUGCGAUAUGUAGGGACUUGCGAGCGGAUCUCAGUAGAGUGAGGGAUCUCGGGGUCGAGUGCGUUAUUUGCUGUUUGGACGAUAAUGAACUCGAGUUCCUCGGUGCCUCGUGGGCUGAAUACUCCAGUAUAGCAAAUGAAAUAGGUCUUGAUGUCCUCCGGAUACCGAUGCCUGAAGGACUUACUCCGCUCUCCCCAGCAUUACUUGAUGACCAACUACAGCGAAUUAUCGAGACUUACACGCUGCGCGGUGUUCCCGUGCUCGCACAUUGUAGAGGUGGCGUAGGCCGCGCAGGGCUUGUUGCCUGCUGCUGGAUGCUCAAGCUCGGUCUCUGUGGGUGGAAAGACCCAGAAGUCUGUGCACGGUCGUGCACUCAACACGCCCACUCCCACGGGUUUUCACCUGGCCCAGAAUUUGAACGACCGAUAUUUCGUGGUCAAACUCGAAGUCCACUCAGAAUACAAACAUGCAAUAAUAGUAAUACGCAACUUCCGACGCCUAGUCCGUCUCCUAGCCCGACGGUGCCGCUAGCGAAUGUACCACGCGUUUGCCGGGCGACUGUACAGCUUCUAGAGCGCGCAUUGUUGGUUAUGAGAAGGCGGAGGAGUUUGAAGGCUAUUGAGACGUACGAGCAAGUACGGUUCCUUGUAGAUUUUAUUGAGUUUCUGGACUCGGAGGGUCAUUCGGACUGGCAAUUUCGAAGCAACUGAAUUCUCUGGAUGGCCUGGACGUGUGCAUCGAGUCGAGGGUUACUCGAAUCGGCAGUCUCAAAACGAUUGAAUUCUCGGGAUGGCCUGGAGGCAUGCAUCUGACCUUUCUUUGCGCAACGACCCACCCACUUCCACCAUGCACGACAAUCGCAACAUGACUGGAUCACCAUGCCUUUACGCAUUCGUUUUGCUUUCGACACAUUGCAGAAAUCGCAUCAUUUGCAUCUUGCAUUAGCAACCGCGGAAUUGGUAAUCAAGCAUAUCAAGCAGAUACAUAAAACAAACCUCUCCUCAUCCAUUCAUCCUCCCCAUCAUAAUUCAC